GGAACCCCUAAGAAAAAAGGUUACCAAACACAUAGGAAAACAAGAACACACUGAGCCGAGGAAAACAAUAGGGUUCUCUCACUCACGAACAGAAAGGAGGCGGCGGCGGCGGCUGAGAGAUCUCCCAUCGGCGGCGGCGCGCGCGAAGGUUUCUUUCUUUGCUGUUAGCGCAUCACAAGGAAAAUGGCAAGCAGAGCAGGUGGCGAUGGCAAAGAACCCAUAAAUGAGCAAGUAGUCGCAAAUACUUAUGCCAACAUGCGCACUGAAAUGAACCAACUCUACACCAAGAUCACGGAGCUGGAAAUGGAAGUCAGUGAGCACGCCCUUGUGAUUGGCGCAAUAGAGCCCCUGGACCCCACAAGGCGUUGCUACAGGAUGAUUGGCGGGGUCUUGGUUGAGAGGACCAUCAGGGAAGUCUUGCCCGCCGUGCACCGCAACAAGGAGGGCCUUGAAGAGGUCGUUGCCCGCAUGAAGGAGGCUCUGGAGAGGAAGAAGCAAGAGAUCACCGAGUUUGAGCUCAAGUACAAGAUCAGGAUCAGGAAGGGCGACAACAGCGCCAAUGAAGAAGGCAGCAUGAAGGAAGCCUCUGCCCAGGGUGUUCUUGUUGGCCCUGCGGGCCAGUAGAGCAGAAUGACAGGGCAAGGAGACUUGCAUGGUUCCUUAUCGACGCCAGAUUGCUUGUUACCGGAUGCCCGCCUGACAGUGAUUGUGUGUUUCUGGAUGCAGUUUAUCAUGCAGUACUGUUGAAUCCUCGCGUGUAAAACUAGAGAUUAUGGUAGACCGGGACUCUGUUCGUAAACUGCAGAUUUUGCACUGGUUGUGUCAUGACUCGCGUGCCUUUUGUCUCCCUUCUGUUGUUGCGCUUCAGAAUAUUUCUGUCUGUUGAUGACAUGUUUUGAUUCAAGAUGAGUUUCAAAGAAAUUUUACCGCAUUGAAA